AUGCCCACUGAGAACGCAUUAUCCAACCCCAGGCCCUUGCGGAAAGGCAAGGGCCGUGCUGAUGCGCCUCUUGAGCCCAAGAAGAAACCCAGUCGCAAGAGAGGCGCAGUGAUGUGGACAAGUGGCAAGUACGUACGCUUGUAUUGCAAGAUCUUGGUGAUACGCCCAACAGGCAACAAUCAGUGGGAGCUUGUGAGUACAGAGCAUAGCGCUGAGGGCACCACAAAGCACAGCCUGGAGUUGUGCAAGAUGCGCUGGUAUCCGGUCUUGAAGCUUAAGAAGCCAACCGGCGGGGCCAAGAUGCACCCCCUACAUUGCCUUGUGUUAGCAAUUGAUGCGGAAAUCUGUAAAUCAACUGGAACGUACGUGAUGAACAACAAGGCCAACAACAACCCCUAUGGUGAUCUUGCUAUCAAGUUUCAACGUGCCAAAGACAAUAUGCACCGGUACAAAAUGGAUCCCAACUGCCCACCCAAGUUCAACAUCCCAAUGCCUGACAAGGAUGCACAGUGUCGUAGACACAGUUGA